GCAAUAUUCUCAGAGGCACAAUGUCUUCAACCACCAUUCGUAACCCUUAUGUCUCUGCUGGCCCUGGUGACAGUCGUUCACCAUGCCCUGCACUCAACGCGCUCGCCAACCACGGCUAUAUUCCCCACUCAGGCCGUUCGAUACCCUUCUUCCAACUUGUGAAGGCCAUACGGACGGUCUACAAUUGCUCGUUACCACUCGCACUGGUACUCUCUGUCGUGGGCUUCCUCUGGUGCGGCCACAUUACUGGCUCCGGUUUCUCUAUGCGCCUCGCCCUCGACCUACACGACCUUGCCCGUCACAACCAUAUUGAACAUGACGGCUCUCUUGGUCAUGCGGACGUAACUCCAGGCGAAUUAUACGCCCCAGUUGUCCCUGACCCCACGCGGCUUGCCUCGUUGUUAAAUGCAGGCAGCGUCACUGCGAAGGGUCCUGGUGGGGCAGGAGCAUUGACCCUUUACGAUCUUGCUCGUGUACGCUAUCUCCGCGACUCUGAACUCGCUCGACCGCUUGAUCCCGUACACUCUUUCAUCACACGAGGCGAGCUUGCUCUUAUUCUCCUUGCGAUGGGAGUUCCGAAUGGGGAGAAUGCUGUUGACCGCGUCGUUCCGCGCCAGCACCUCGAACAGUGGUUCGCCGAGGAGCGUUUACCUGAUGGAUGGGAUGGCCCGAAUGUGCAGAUCGGGUUGCUGAACACGGGCAAGCUCGGGAAAUCAGUGAAGAGCGAAGUGGACCGGAUUGCCCGUUACAGUUAAAGCGCGGACGCCUUAACGCCUAUUUCCCGUACUACUGACUCCCUUCGCGAGUCAGCGAUGGUCACGAAGCGCGGACUAUGAACUCUGGACUACGGACCUUCCUUAAUGCCUAGUACAUCUACCUGUUCCGCUCCUUUCUUCACCUUCCAAUGAUGAUGAUUGUGCCUCGGACACCUGUGCAUUUCGGCAUCAUGUAUCCACCCCUGUUCCAUUGAAUACCCGCCCGCAGCUUCCAUGUAUAACCAAUGACGCUCUUUCGUCAGAUUCAUCUUAUCUGUACCUUUUAAUAAUGUAAUAUCUUCACAUUAGGUGCUCCUAAUUAUGACACUCCGGUUCUGUGCCUUCUCGGAUCCGAACUUAGUUCCCGACGACUUCUUGACUUUCCGAUACCGUAACAGAUUUGGAGUAUACUCGCUCCGCCAUGUAUUCACU